GGUUUCUUGAUAUUAAGUUAUGCACCCUUACCACUGAGCACCGUCAACUAUCUAAAGGAGUGCCGCUCAACUACCCUUCUUCAAUAUUUGACAACGUUUUGAGCUUGAGCACCCUCCAGAUGAAUACCUUUGCGUACGAUUCCACAGCAGCGGAGAAAAUCGUCUCUGAGGUCACAGUAUCAAGUGACUUCCUACAUGUACCUCACAACGAAUACCGUACACGCGACUGGGAGCGUGAAUCGAAAAAACUAAUCUCUUCAGAACUUCACUGCGCAACUCUCGCAGAAUACUAUAAAAAUAAGAGGAUACCCAGGGGACUAAGAGUUCACCUUCGACCAACUUUAUUUCCUUCAAAUACGGAAUAUUGCACCAAGUUUGAAACUAUUAUAAAUAAAUGUUCCUUGGACAUAAUAGUCCUCAGCAUUGAACAUCUACAACAAGCAAUCAAAGAUUCUAAAGAGAAACUUGCGGCUAUUGAAAGCCAACUACUCUCAACUACCUCCACCUCCGAAUGGUCGGAAUUAAAGAAGAAGACGGACAAAAUAUUGGAUGAUCAUCGAAAGUAUCUGGAGAAUACUAAACGCACCAAAUUCAUCCGUGAUACGGAAGAUUAUCAACUCAACAAGGUCUACAGAUGGCAAUGGCAAGACUCACGAACAGGAUACGGAUACACCCCCUACACAGGCUACGCUUCAUCUUCUUCAGGCAGCGAGAGAUCCACAACAUACCGUUCCCAACGUUUUUUUCCCAGGCGUGGUUACAGACAAUGCCGAAGAAACACAUACGCCGAGGAAGAGGCACCCAUCGAUCCAAAACCGACAGGAAUCCAGACCCGCUCACAGGUGAAAUGACCACUGUCACACAGAUACCAUACAGCACUGCCAUCUGGAUAUCCCUAUUACAGUGUUCCAUUUCAGACUACUGCUCUCACCCUGUGCCUCAUCAUGCUAUUGAUAGAUCACCUAAUGAUGAUAUAUAUGCCUAUAUGAUUUUG